CAAAACUUCCGGUUCAUGCAGACAACGUUUAACGUUUUGAGAAUUUAGAAUCUUUCUCGAAGCGCUUUGUUUCAAUCUGUCUUGAGUUCAGCUGAUUCACUGAGAAAUCACCCUAGUAACGGAAUAUGUUAUGCAUUCUUCAAGCAACAAUCACACAGUAAAUCGAUAUGCUUGACGAAAACAAAGUUAAAAAACUGAAGAAAUACAUCAAAGAUGACAGACCCUCCAAACUUAAAUCUUACACCAAGAAGCAUAGAAUUUACUUAAAAGAUGUGGAAUUAACAAAGGGAAGAUCACUUCUCCAUUAUUGUUGUCAACAAGGAUCAGGAGGUGUCUUGAGGUACCUGUUGAAGGAAGGUGUGAGUGCUGUUGAGCCAGACAAUGGUGGAGACCUCCCUCUUCAUGUCAUCUUAAAGCAAGCACUUGAUCUUGACCCACAGCACUCCAGAGAAGCUUACAACGACCUGGUGCUACCACUGUUGGAGACGGUGCCAGAAACUCUGGAGGUGAGGAACCAUAAAGGAGUGACCUGUCGCCAGCUGCUGGACCAGUUAGUCAACAGGAAUCGACAGGAGGAGGAAGCUCAAGAAAGAACAGCAUCAGAGUCGUGGGAAAAGAAGCUAGAAGAAGAACUUAACUGGGAAGAAGAGGAGUUUACAGGCAGAUACAACACCGAAUACGAUUAUUACGAAGACCACACCCAGGAAUCCUAUGACCAAUGGGCAGAUCAGGUGUACUCAAACUAUAGACGGAAACACAUACAUAAUACGAGCACAGGGCGUGACAUACCACCAUCACAAGCAAAGGCCAGGCACAAAAGAAAAGCAGCAGAAACAAAAAAGUCUGCAAUCCUAGAUGAAGAAAAGUUACGAAAUAUCCGAGAAGAACUGAAAAGGAAAUAUGAUGCAAGUCAAAAAUGUGACAUGGAAAAUCGUAAAAAGAGACGAAAAAGUCUGUAUGAGAAGAAUUUUGAGUGUUUACUGCGUAAAGACAACGAUGACCAGUUGAGCUACAGUGAUAUACCAUGGCCAGGUAGGGGCUCACUACAUGACUUCACGGAGGUGCUAUUUUGUGAUUUACCAGACAAAUCAAGUGCGAAAUUUCGGAAAUAUUUAAGGGACCAGCAGAUUCGAUGGCAUCCGGAUAAAUUCACACAGAAAUUUGGGAAAAGGCUAUUAGACACAGACAAGGACAAAAUCAUGGAGAAAGUGAAAGAAAUAUCACAGGCUCUGAACAAAGUAGCAGAAACAGUGCCGAAACAAGUCACAUGAUUAGGGCUGGCCAAUGAUCGGGAACUAUAUAUUGAUCAAUUAUCAAUGCUUAUCGGGAAGGUAAUUUUAACAAAAAUGAAAAAAAGUCUGAAUGAAUCAACACAUUUUAUGUUUAUGGCAAGUGGUGAGACAUUUAUGCAUUGAUUACUUACAAAAACAGUGUUCUGAACAUAAUUUCAGGUAUAAAGACAAACUUUGUGCAUUGUGUCUAAAUUUUAAACUUUAUUUCAUCACAAUAGUCUAUGUAAGAUAUUAUCGAUAAUACAAUUUUCAUAUCAACAAUCAUUAAUAAUUCUUCCCAUCGACUUUAUUUAUGAUUAUCAAUCUUUUUGGCCAGCCCUUUUACAUAAUAACUGAAAAUUUGAAGAAUAUUCAUCAAAACGUGAAUUUGAUGAACUUUGAAAUUGAACAGCUGGAAUAUUGCAUGGUUCAGGUAGCGUGCUGAAAUAGUUUCCAAAUUUUGCUUGCCAGUCGGGCUAGCUAUGCCUGAAAGUUACUAGCCCACAAAAUAAUUCACUAGCCCAAAAUUUGAAUGUAGAAAUUAAGCAAAAGAUUACAAAAAUGUAAAUACCAUAAUUUAUGAGGCCAUAAUGUUGCAUUUUUUUAAAGUGUAUUAUAACUUAACAAGUCGGAGAGAGUGAUAUAUGUAAAAUAUGACCCCAUGAAAAUUCACUUGCCAGUCGGGCCAGUGACUGUGGAGAUUUACUGGCCCGACCGGAUUUCUCAAGCCAUGGGCUAGCAGGCCAGUGACUAUUUCGCACACUGGGUACAGGUUUCAGUUUUUCACUCAAAUUAGAUCAAAUGUAGACUGUGAUAAAUGUUUAGUGUCAGUUAAGACACUGUUGGUAUAUGUUGAAUGGGUCAUGUAUGUUUGAAUAAAUAAAUAUCCAUGUAACACAGUUACAGAGAGUUCACAAAACUCACAAAACAAUGGUUGUUUUUUUACCUUCAUGUCAGAUCAUUCUAUUUUACAGUCUGUAUUGACAGUAUUACAGCAAGUAAAGUAGUGUUAGUUAAGGUAAAGCAGUGAUGCAGUCUAUCACCAUGACAACCCGAUGCCCAUGCUGUCGAUCACAGGAUGGUCUGGUCCAUACUCUUUUAUUUACAUACUGCCGCCAUAUAGCUGGAAUAUUGCUGAGUGUGGCUUAAAAC